CCAGAGCCCAAACAAACAACUCAACCCACAGGCUGAGCUGGACAGGCUCUGUAGGAUCUCUCAUGGAGACCCCCAAACACCCCCUGCCCCCCAGGGCUUGGAACAGGGAGAUGGGCAACGGGAGGCACCGGCGGUGUCCGUUCCGGAGACGGGGCACUUGCAGUGGGGUCCCACAGGAAGGUGGGGAGAGCAGCCUGCGCCAGCUCCUCAAGGACUUCGUCUCGGCUGGCAGGGUGGACCACGUGGCCAUGGUUAUGGGGCUGCACCCCCAGUACCUCAGCAGUUUCUGGAAGACCCAGUACCUCCUGCUGCGCAUGGAUGGGCCCCUGCCCUACCACAAACGCCACUACAUCGCCAUCAUGGCAGCAGCCCGGCACCGCUGUUCCUACCUGGUGGGAUUGCACAUGGGGGAGUUCCUGCAGGUGGGGGGCAACCCKGUGUGGCUGCAGGGGCUGCACUGUGCCCCCCCAAAACUGCGAAACCUCAAUGAGAUCAAUAAGCUGCUGGCACACCGGCCCUGGCUCGUCACCAAGGAGCAUAUUGAGGGUACAGAUGCCAUGCAGGAGGUGGAGGUUCUGAUGGAGAAGAUGAAGCUGCUGCAGGAAAACCAGCUGGAGGAGGAAGGAGUCACACAGGAGGAGAUGACAACACACUUUGAGCUGGAGAAGACAGAGAGUUUGCUGGUCCCUUCCUCAGAUUUUUCAGAUCCCUCCCUGCAGUCCAACAUMCGCUGCUUCCUGGAAGACCCUGAGUUUGGAUAUAAGGACUUCACACGGAGGGGGGAGCAGCCACCCCCCACUUUCCAUGCACAGGAUUACACCUGGGAGGACCACGGCUACUCGCUGAUCAACCGCCUGUACCCGGACGUGGGGCAGCUCCUGGAUGAGAAGUUCCAGGUGGUUUUCAACCUGACCUACAACACCAUCGCCGUGCACUGCGGCGUCGACACCUCCAUGCUGCGCCGCGCCAUCUGGAACUACGUCCACUGCGUCUUCGGCAUCCGCUAUGAYGACUACAACUACGGAGAGGUGAACCAGCUCCUGGAGCGCAACUUGAAGAUCUACAUCAAGACAGUGGCUUGCUACCCAGAGAAGACAAGCAAGCAGAUCUACACACAGUUCUGGAGGCACUUCAAACACUCGGAGAAGGUGCACAUCAACCUGCUCCUGCUGGAGGCACGGAUGCAGGCGGCUCUGCUCUACGCCCUCAGGGCCCUCACGCACUACAUGACCUGAGCUGCCUCUGCUCUCUCCUCCUCCUYCUGCCAUGGCUGUGCAGGAAAGGCCCAGGGGCACCUGGUACCCUGAAGACUCAUCUGGAGCAUUGUCUCCCUGCUUAAUGGGCUUGGAGCUGUGCAAGGGAAGUGGGUGCUUCUCUGUGCUUUCUCCCAGGAAAGGGGAGCCCCAAGAAGCUGUCAUUGCUGGGAAGACCCUGAAGCGCUGCCCUGGGCUUGGCAGAGCUGUGAAUGCUCCACUGCUCUGUGCCUUUCUCGGGUUAUCCUGAAUGUAGCCGAACUGGGGUGUCUGUGGGUGCAGUGCUGGUGUCACACCCCUGUGACAAGUCUUGGCACCAAGGCUGCCACCCCAGAGGACUGUUCCCCUGCCAGAGAUGGCCAGAGAGUAAACAGGCUUUAUCCCUGCUGUUUGGGUCCCACCGUGCUGGGAGACAGGAGUGCUGUCCAGGAACCCCCUCCCCACCUUUCUGCCUCAUCCCCUGCGGUUUGGGAUGUGAAGUGCCUUUAAYCUGAGUGCCAGGGCAGGAGCAGGGCAAGGACAGAAAUACCUGAGUGUGUUUUACACCUUUGUGCAUCUUUUUSCAAUCACUGGCACAUCUCCGCUGCCUUAGCUUUAGGGGCUGAGGUGGGGAGCUGUGCUGGGGCAGGGUGGGAUAGGGUGACCAUGGCUUUAUCCAGACACAGCCGAGCACUCCCAGCAGCGCAGCUCACCUGG